CCCAAAUCAUCCGAAUGGAUUUUUGAAAGGGAUUUAAUUUCUUUCAGCUUAUCGCUAACGCAAUUCGCAGAACUACGUUCUACAAGGAAGGGGUUUCAAAUAGGGGAUGACAUGCCAUUAGUUAAGUUCUUGCGUUCACAUACAUUCCUAGGCUCCUUGAUUUUCCAAUUGGCUAUCUACUGACGUACUAAACGAAGAUAGAGUAUAUUUAUCCAGUCAGUCACUGCCAUGCCUCCACCUUGUUGUUGUGUGGUUCGGAAACCGCAAAACCCUAGAUUUGAUGAGAUUCACGGCCUAAGCUUGAGCUUAUCAGCGGCGGAUGGGGCACUUGUCGCACACUCAGCAUGGUUUCAUAGCCUUCAUUUCUUAUCGGUCUAAUACACCACUUAACGGGCGAGAUUCGUAGGAAUCUAAACAAUUUCUAUAAUUGCAGAGAUGCCAUGUUGUUGUUCCUAGUCCUUCUCUUCUCUAGCUCAAUGUUUAAUUCUAACCCUCCCAUCCUAACAGAACAUAUCUGUAGACACUCUCUCAAUCGUUUUGCUAGAAUAUCAGAUUCUGAUCAUCACCCCACCUGAAAGGGCCUAAAACACUGAUGACGAAAGUAUAUCAUCAAAUAUGAAAGAAUAACAGCAGGCAGCCCGAUGCCGAUUAACUUUUUCUCCAACUACUCUGUCCUGGUUUGUAUGCAAGUGCGGGGACUACUCGCGGUGGGUAGACAUCGAAGCCUUGUCAUCUGCAGAAUUCCUGCAGAAAAUCUCGUAUCCUGGUCUGCAGAACGUUAAACCUGGGUUUAUCACAUAUACUCAAAACUAUCACCAAACUGAGGUUUGCUUCAACAAAUGACCACUUCCCAGCGAUCGGAGAAAGACAUGGAUUGGAAGUGGCGAGUCGAACUUGCGAUAAGAAACAUCACCCUGCAGCACUAGCAACUCGAUGUUGGUGAAACAGAAAGAAUGAAGCCUUUACGACAUAGCUACCCCUCACACAAACUCAACAAUUUGAUCCGAAUAUCCUUUCGAUGUGAUUCGUUGGAAUAGAGAGAGAUGCACGAGCCCAUGUCGCACAUGACGUCUAAAAUUUGAGGAUACGCGCAACCUGGGGAUACGCACAGCCAUCUUUGAUCUGCCUUGAUUUCUGGAGACAUGGCGGGCUGAGAAUACCCUGUCUACGCCACCUUUGGGGGAAAUAGAAAAAAUCACAAUGUCAAUUUACGAGAUUUCAGAUUUUUGGAUAGUCAAAAUGCCCUGCGAGAAGGUAGCAGCAUUCUUUGGUGACGCAUUUGCACCCUGGGAAUACAAACCAUGCAACCGAAAGGGUGUGGUGCAUUAUUAAUUUGACUCGGAGAUUGGAAAUCCACAUUGAUUGACACAAACGAGAAAUGGGAGGCAUGCCUCUGCCUUGACUUAAUCGUUGAGAAAAUGAUCUUUUAACGCUGGGUGAAAUUACCGCAAUACUAGUGAGAGGUUUUUGCACAUUUACCAUCACGCUGCAUCCACGGAUCCCUUCAUCAGGAGAUUGGGCGCUCAGGCGAAUGUGAGAGCGUUACGGGAACAGGUGUUGAUCAGAUCAGCUCUUUCGAGCCUCUUCACAGCUGUUUACUCCUCUGGUCUGGCCAUGCCAUAGGCUCCCGUCUACCAAUUAUUUUGAAAUCUUGGAAAACGAGUUUGCUGCACACCUGUCAGCUCUGCGAGUCCGUGCAACUUCCAAAUUUAAGUCUGAUCCGCAUGGUUCAACUGUAUACAUCGAAUUGCAAACUGGCCUACAGGCCAUAGUAUCGAGGCUGAAGCGGAUCUCCCACUGGCUGGUCACAGAAUUUGGGGGGUAUGGCCGAUCUCCGACUUUCGCUCGAGCGAGAGAGCUUCCUGCUUCACCUGUGCGCUAUAAAAAGCUGGAUAAAACUGCAACCUUCUCAAAUUAACAACUCAUCCGGCAGGAAGCCUUUUCGUUUUGGGGUCUCAUAUCAAUUUCUUACACCUAGUUCUAUUUCUUAGCCUUGCAUCUACCUGCUUGAAUUCGUCGACAUACAAUGGCACCUAUUCUGGUUACGGGUGUCCACUCCGGAAAAGGUCCCCGUGGUGAAAUCCCUCUUCGUCUGGAGAUCCACGACUUGCAGAAGGACAUCCACAAAUGGAGUCUUUACGUCCUAGCAUUGAGGAUCUUUUAUGAUAGACCGGCAGACCAUCCUAAAUCAUACUUCCAGAUUUCAGGGAUUCACGGGAUGCCAUAUCUGCCAUGGAACGGCGAGGAGGUGCCAAAAAAUGGACCUAAACCAACAGGCUAUUGCACCCAUAGUACUGUUCUCUUCCCAAGUUGGCAUCGUCCUUAUGUUGCUCUUUACGAGCAACUCAUCCAAGAAAUCAUUGCAACAGAGAUCCUUCCCAAAAUCCCGGAGAAUCAUGAGGAUUACCAGAAGUACAAGAAGGCGACUGAAACGUUUAGGAUCCCAUAUUGGGAUUGGGCUGCUCCCCCGCCAGAGUCAAAACAGGAGAUUAUAGCCAAAUGGCUCCCCCCAACCUCCCAAGAAAAUAAGGUUCCAAACCUUGUCCCUGGCUUUCCGCAAGUGAUAGACAAUCCUCUCUACCAAUAUGUCCUAAAGCCGCAGGGAGGAAAGACAACAUUCGGCGAUUUUGGUGUUCAGACACUGAAAGUCGGACCCAACGACGACGUGGAAUACGGAGAUUGUGUUGGCCUCAGCAGGUGCCCGGAAAACAUGUACUAUCUGACGAAGCAGGAGGCGGAGACGGAAGGUAAAGUGUGGAGUACAGACUUCCCUGAAAAGUGGCGUGAGGGAGAAAUAAGGAGUUUUGAGGUUUAUAACAACUUCACGAACACUAUGCCCUGGUUCCUUCCCGGGACUAAGCCCGAGAUUUCGAAAAAGGAGCACGAUGCGGCUGAAAAUAUCUGGCGCCUAUUCGAAUACGCGCUGAAAUAUGCCGAUUUUGCCACGAAUGGAGAGCUUCCCAAGACCGACGAUCAAGUGAAAACAGGCCAGUGGUAUCAAAGCUUGGAAUCCAUACAUAAUAAUGUGCAUUUGUUUGUCGGCGGGGACAACAAUGGACAUAUGACACAAGUCCCUGUUGCUUCUUUUGAUCCGUUUUUCUGGCUUCACCACGCGAAUGUCGAACGAUUUUAUUCGAUAUGGCAGUAUAUCCAUGAGGAUGAGUGGUUCGGAGAUACCACAGAAAUACUGAAAGAUGCACUUGGAAAUAUGUUAAACGCACAGGGAGAAGUCGUUUCCUCGGAGAAGGACGCAGCACGGAUCACUGUUGGACCAACCACUCCACUUGCGCCUUUCCGGAGCAGCCAGGGUAAAUUUUAUACCUCUGACGAUGUCCGUAACCAUACCGUAUUCAACUACACCUAUCCGGAGCUGCAGAGAUGGAACUAUGGCAGUAAGAAGGAACACAUCGACGCAAUCCACGUGCUGCUAGACCAGAAAUAUGCCAGCCAUAAGGCUGAUACCCUCAAAAAAAAGGGAGUAGGUGAGGUCGAAGCACUUGAAGUUGUUGUCAAUGUCAGCUUCUACAAAUUUCUCUUCUCCGGCAUGCCUUUCAACGUGAAGAUAUAUCUUCAAUAUGGUGAAAAGAAGGACCCUGCAAAGGAUUGUAUUGGAAAUGUCUAUAACUUCAGCGCCCCUUCUAGUUCCGACGGGAAAGAAGUCUGCUCAAACUGCACGAUCCUCGAGAUGACCAGAGCCACGUGCAACGCACAGGUGGUUAUCAGCCACAUGUUGAAAUUCUUCCCCCUCUAUCCAGGUGAUGAAAAUAUUGACAUCGAGAACGCGAACCAGGUAGAACAGUUCUUGAAAAAGCGCCUCUAUGUUCAGAUAGUUUCGGCCACCGGCCGGGAAAUUGUGCCGCCCAACACGGAAAAUGAUAAGCCCGCCGUCACUGUGGCUGUUGCACAUACUGUAGCCAAAUACUCGACUGAUGCGACAAAAACAGUGUUCGGAGCAUUCCAGAAUUUCAUCUCUCUAGCAGGGGAUGUCGCUGAGCUUUUGGUCGUCGGUACGGGGGCGCUGGUCUUAACUGGAACUGGUGCCAUUCUCGGCACAGUCAAUGCCACAGGAGAUGUGAUUCUAGGCGACGGUGCCACAAAGAGCCUGAGGGAAGUAUCUGGGAUUACUAACAGCGGAGCACGAGACCUUGUCAACCUUGCAGGGGACCUUACGGAUACUGCUACUGGCGUAUUGGGUGGUACGCUCGGCCGCCUUGGUGGUAGCGGCAGGAGAGGCGAUGGAAGUGGAGGAAGCGGUGGAUUCGGACUCUUUUAAUAUGGCAGAUCGCAGCAUACCCAGAGUUCUGUAAUGGCUUGAUGCUUCGUGAAAUGAAUUCUAACAGCCCUACGUCCAAAAAAGGAAAAAAACAGAAAAAAACAGAAAAUCGGACAGGCAGAAGAAACUGCCAAGGUCAAUGUGCGAAACCGCUGUCUAUUUCACUAUCAUUACUCUUUUUGAAUUACUCUCCCUCUCGGGCAGUUACUCCCUGUUUACACACUCAUUUACAUCCUGAGUCAUUUAUAAUGUUGCGUAUGACUUCUCGGAUAGCUAAGUAUGGCUCAAAAACGGGCCAUAUACGCUAGUAUUUAUGAGGACUACCAAGAAUGAUCAACUUUAUGAUUCCAUGCUAUUUUGCCUAAUAUAUCUUGUGAAGCAUAUAUGAAGAAAUAGGUACGGCUUGAAAACAGUAAUAGGUCACCAUCAUGGAUGAUAGACCUGCUGCGUUGUGCCGGGAACAUCACACAGAAUAGCUCAUUUGUCAAACGAAGAAGAGCACAGUUAUUAAUUUCCUUGCCUAUAUACGUUGGAAAACCAAAUGAUAGUGACACCAAUAUCCAUCCCUAGACCACAUUUAUUCAUAUGAUACUCGCCAUUAGUUAU